CGGCCAUCACAGUGAACGGUCGCGGAAUGUCUUGCUCCUCAGGAGCGGUUACAGCGGCCCUCGGCCGCGGUUCCCGGUCAACGGAAAAACCUUCUCCGGAUUACCAGAUGGUUCUACCACAACUGCCUUCAGGUGCAAGUGUUUUGAACACUGUUUUUAUUCACGGCGAAGUGAAAGCUCGGCCUUACCGUGUCGAGCAUUUCAGGGAUGCGCUUUCGCGACUCAUGCUGCUGCCGGAAGUGGUGGCCCUCGGGGCCUAUCAGAUGAAUCAUGUGUGGGCCGUAACUUUUUCGAACGAAGCGGCCAAAAAGAAGAUAUUGGGCACAGAAGGAUUCCUUGUCAAGGAACACCGUUGCGUAGUCAUUGACCCGUGCAACCAGGGUGUCAGGCUCAAGCUCUUCUGGCUGUUGCAUGGUGUUCCUGACGAAGACGUCAGAACAGCCUUGGCACCGUUCGGAAGAGUAACUGAAGUGACGAGAGAGAAGUGGAGAGUCCAGGGCUGCAACGACAAAGGAACCACGACACGGUCUGUGGUCCUGAAACUCAAGCCCGGAAUGACAGCAGACGACCUACCACACCAACUUCGUGUUGCGGAAGACCUGGCUCUCGUCAUUGUCCCGGGCCGAGCACCCCUCUGCCUCCGGUGCCGUGGCACUGGACACAUUCGACGAGAAUGCCGGGUUCCACGCUGUGGGCUGUGUCGUCGCUUUGGCCACGACGAGACCCAGUGCGUGAGGACGUACGCCAACGUUGCAGGCCCAGGCAGGAGCGAGGACUCGUCCGAGCUUCUCAUGGAUCAAGAGGACGCCGAAGAGGCCGCCAAAGGAGCAGCUGAAGGGGCGGCGGCUCAGUCUGCACCACUGGUUACGAAGACCGCAAAGGUGAACCUGAAGGGGAUAGAUGAAGGCAAUGUGCCGGAUUCUGCGCCUCCACCUGCCAAGGUUCAAGUGACGGAAGCUGGUGCUGACGUGACGGGCGCGUCGUCAGAAAUCACCCCACCUCCGACCAAAGUGGCUGACGAGCCAGUUAGCGUCAGUGAGGACAUGGACCUGACUUCCGACGCUAAGGGCGCCGGAAAGCGGUUGCGUGACGAUGUUGAGGACCACAGCCAAAACACCGACGGCGUGGAUACCGAAGGACCGACACCAAAAACACCGACAGUCCGACGGUCGACGCUGAAGGUCAAGCCCAACGUGCCGCCAGACAGACGGCCGUCACAUGCGCCGCCUCCGCCUUAG